GUCUGUAUGAUACUGCAUUUUAUCAUCCUUCAUGUUAUUUUAUUGCGUAUUAGCACGAUUGCCUAAGCAUUCAAUAAAAAAAAUUGGUAUGAUCGACCUCCCAGUGCAUCUUUACCUCUUCAACAUUUGACCCAGCAUUGCCAUUAUAAACUUUGGACGCAACAAAUCGAUAUCUCCAACUGUCAAAAUUCAACUGUUCAACCUCUCAAACAUCGACCAGACUUCUGAAGAUUCACUUCGAAUUGCAAUGAAUAGAGCCGCUGAACAAGCGAAUGGUCAGCCCUCGGAGGAGAGAAAAGACUCAAAAGUUGACACGGAUGAUGUGAAGACAGCUGAAUCCACAUCUCCAGAGCCUGAUGUAUAUCCGGACGGAUCCGUGAGGAUUCCUCGAAAACCCGGGACUUCCCAUACCCGUUCCGUCAUUCUUCUUCAUGACGUCCAUGAUGAUGCCGUUGGCUUUGCAGGAGAACUCAUGGCAGCAAGACUGAAUGGUGAAACGAUUAUGUCCAUAUUUCCUGGAACAAAUUGGUGCUUUCCUGAAAUCAAUUAUCCCUGGUCAGUGCAGGAUAUAGAGAGCGAGACGAGCGAUACGGCUGAUGACUUAGUCGAUUUAUGGACUGCAUAUUCAGACACCUUUCAACAAGAAAAGCGAUUAGAGAUACGCAAAGAACUGUGUCGGAUGCUAAAACCCAUCCAACAAUUUGUCCAAAGAGAAUCGAAUCUUGUAGGUAUACGGAAUGUCUUCAUAGGUGGUCUAGAAGAUGGUGCUACUGCAGCACUGCAUUUGUUCCUAGCUAGUCAAGCGGACCAAGGUGGUGGAAUAGGAGGCUUCAUGGGAAUGAAUGCCGUUCUUCCAUUUUGCUCGCAGGUCAAGUUGCUGAUAGACAUGACACCGAGCUCUGGGGAUCUGCCUUUGGAAGAUCAUGUGAACAAACAGAUAAAAAACCUUGCGGAUGUGGUGAGUUUGAUGCGAGAAACUUUGGGCCUGCCAACCGUGGGGAAGUUCGAUAGGGUAAUUGCAUAUUUGGGAAACCCAAUAUUCCUUGGUAGUGUUAUGACAGACCCAGCCGAUUUAGAGCUGAGGCAGAAGAGAGAGGAUAUGAUAGAGAUCCUUCGCCACUUGAGAUGUUUUCACCCUAUAUAUUAUACAAACGAGUGCAAGGAACCAGAUCUCGGCGGGCAAGUUGAGGGCUUGGUUGAAUACCUCCAAAUGACUGGCUCUAUCAGAGUUCCCGGAUGAUCCAAGUAAUGAAUAAAAUAGACACAGAGAAUAGAUGAAGGAUGGCUUCAUUAACAAAGAGAGAUUGAGGAAUUAACUGGAUGCCACUUAGCAAAGCAGAUUGGAGACGAUGGAUCGGCAUUUUCUUGCAAAGGCAUUGACGAAUUCGAGUUAGAGGUCAGUAUGAUAAUAGUAAAUAUCUUACUAGCUUUCGUUGGCAACUCAACUUCAUUCGCGUGUUAAUCUUUGGACGUUUCAAGCAUAUUCCCCUUCACCACCACUAUCAAACCCACCUUCUUCAUGAAAGUUCACGGCAAUCAUUAGGCGGCGUCCGUAUGCCAAGCACCUCCCCACCUUCCAUAUAAGGUAUCAAAUAUAAGCAGCCA